AUGUACCUACUCCGACGAGUCUUGCCGUUAACGGGAUUGAUCGGUGCCGCUCAUUGCUACACAAAAGAGUCUGACUACGGGGAAAAUCUUGCCGGCACCCCUUCCCACGAGGUUUUCCCUCGCCAAAAGUGGAACUCCAAUUGGGAUUUACGAGAACCAGUCACAAACAGCGACACUGAGAAUUCAACUAGUGACUUCAAAGAAAAGAUUCCGACAAAGAGACGAAACAUCAUUCUGAUUCGACAUGGACAAUAUGUAAUCGACUCAAAGGAUCGAUGGUUGACUGAACUUGGGCAAGAGCAAGCCGCCCUUAUUGGAGAACGUUUAGCUGCCAGUGGUUUAAAGUUCACAAAACUGACCAUGUCAACGAUGAAUCGAGCCACCGAAACGGCGAAUAUCAUCCUCACAAAGUUGCCCGAAAGCUUGCCAAGGUCAAGCGACUCGCUGCUGGAGGAGGGCGCCCCCUAUCCACCUGAACCGUCGCAUCUCACAUGGAAGCCUGAUAUGCAACAUUUCUAUCGUGAAGGCUCACGAAUCGAGGCCGCUUUCCGCAAGUACAUUCACCGUGCACCGCCCGAACAAGCCGAGAACAGCAAUGAGAUCAUCGUAUGCCACGGGAACGUCAUUCGCUAUUUUGUCUGCCGUGCCCUUCAAUUCCCCGUCGAAGGAUGGCUUCGAUUAUCUCUUGCCAAUUGUUCGCUCGCUUCGUUGAUCGUUUACCCGGAUGGCACUGUGGCACUCAAUGGUUUUGGAGAUCUCGGCCAUAUUCCACAUGAUAAAAUCACUUACAAU